AAGAAAGGGUUGAGAACCAUGGCUGCAGCAAGCGACCCUGAGUGCUCUGUACAGCUAGGGAAGUAUGUCUAUAUCAAUAUGUUUACCAAGCUGGGCCAGGGGGCAUUUGGUGUGGUCUACAGGGGUAUGGAUACCAAGAGAAAUAUUGAUGUGGCGGCAAAGCAGCUCGAGAUCAAAGACGACAAAGGUGGCGCUGACGCUAUGUCAGAAAUCAAGACACUCCAAAAACUCCCCUGCCAUGCCAACCUGGUGGCGCUGUACGAUUUCCACUUCUUCAGAAGUUCGUUCUGGGUCGUCAUGGAGUUCUGCAACUGCGGGGAGCUGAAGAAGUAUUUUGAUGACCACAAGCCGGUGGACCAGGCCACCAUGAUGGACUUUAUGAGGCAGACGGCCGCCGCCGUGGAUUUCAUGCACUCUCUAGCAGAACCCGUUAUACACCGAGAUUUAAAACCAGGGAACAUAAUGUUAAAGCAGACCUCUGCCGACCCCAAACCUGUUAUAAAGGUUACGGACUUCGGGCUGUCCAAGGUGGCCGAUGUGGACUUGUCCAAGACGUUUCUAAUGACCACUGUGGCGGGGACCCCGUGUUUCAUGGCUCCAGAGCAGUUUGCUAAAGAACCGUACACCGCCGCUGUGGACGUAUUUGCGCUGGGGUUGAUAUACUUGGGGAUGAUAUAUUAUGAAGAAAUAGGCGACAUUUUGCCUUUUACAAAAGAGACCUACUCCAGUGGAAUGUUACUUCCCCCUGGCAUGAUAAUGCUCCAGUCACUUAAAUCAGGAAUGCUCGCUCCCGAUCUGGUACAGCACAAGACGGCAGACGACUCUGUGAUGACGCAAUUGAAGGAGCUGAUUGGUCAGAUGAUCAAGGUACGGGCGAAAGACAGGCCCAAGUCCGCGUUAGUGCACGAGAAGUUGAGGACGAUGUGCGGUUUUUCAGCCGAUGCCUCCACUCCCACAACUCCACAUGGCGGCGAUACCACUGAUGUAAAAACGACUCCAGGUGGUGCCACCAGUAGCUCUAGCAGUGACAGCACCAACACCACUACGAGCGAAGAAUCUGGGGAAGAUUUAGGAUAUCAGCUUUUACAACAGGCCGUUCAACAGAUGAUGGAAGAAAAGCUUGAAGAGCGGAAGGAGAAGGAGAAGGAAAGCGAAGACCUCCUGAAGCAGAUUCGCCGUGGCGCGCCCCUUCUUGAAUUGUUGAUGCGGCAAGGUUUAGAUGAGAGCUCAGAGGAAAAAGAAGGAGAGACAAAGUUUAAAAAUGGCGACCGUGUCCGCGUAACCACUGAUUAUGCGAAGGCCAAGGAACUGCAAGAAAACUACGGAGGCUGGAAUGAAUUCAUGCGGUCGUAUCUUGGCAAAGAGGGGAAAGUGGAGCGAAAAAUACUACACGUCGUCAAAGUUGGAUUUCCAGACGGACAAAUAUGGUCUUUUAAUCCUGAACUGUUGACGAAACUGACUGAAGAUGGCUCUGCGGUCGGUGGAACCUCUCCAAGCGAAGCUGCAAAAGAAACCAAGCGAGACAAAAACACAUCCCACGAUGAGAUAGUCCGCGGCUUGUUCAAACGGUUUGAUGUGGUACAAAUAGCCGAAGAAGCCGAAGUAGUGAAACUUCUGCAAAAAGGGCAUGGGGGUUGGAAUGAAAAGAUGACAUUGUGUCUUGGUAUCAAGGGACUCAUCAACAGAGUGGACAAAGACGGAGACGUUUUUGUGGAGUGCAUCAACGGGGACGAUUGGACCUUCAACCCUGAAAUUCUAAUCAAGGUAGAAGAUGACCCCAAUGCCGAAAUCGAGGCUGGUGAUUUCGUCUUGAUAAAAAAUGUCACUAAGAGCGAGGCUCAGGAACUCCAGAGAAAUCACGGAGAAUGGGCUAAUGGAAUGGAACGGUCUCUAGGACACACAGGGAUAGUGAAGGCUGUUCUGAAAGGGGACAGGGUCCGUGUGGAGGUGGCAAGACAUGUGUGGAUCUUCAACAAAAAACUCGUCAAGCUGGUCGCCAAAUCAGAGGAGAUGUUGGUGGCCAUUUUGAAAAGGAAAUUUGGCAUGUGAAGUACUUUCCAUGUGGCCAGGUAAAGGAUGGCAAGUCAUUUGGAAGGCAGAUUAUAUGAAGACGAUGAAACGUCAUCAAAUCUGUAGUGAAUUUUAGUAGCGGAAUAUUUUGUGUUUAUGUCCCAUGACAAUGUGAAUGUAUAAGGAGUACUCAGCAUUAGAUUUUAGCUAUAAUAUUUUUUGAGCAAGCCCACGCGC